AAAAUGGCAAACCACCGUACAUUUCUUCAAGUCCGGUUAAUAGUUCUUCUAAGUUUCUUAGCCGGAAUUCACGCCGAGGAGUUCGCCGGUAGAUUUCUACAGAAAGCUUUGCAGUUCUCUAGGCAAGAUAACGUCAUCGUAUCUCCAUUUUCUGUUCGAGAAGCCUUAGCUCAGGUCUAUGUCGGAGUGAAAGGCAACGCCGCUGAUGAACUUCAUCGUGAGCUACACUUGACUGGACAUUCAAAGCGCGAAGCAGUCGAAGAAUUUCGUAGAUUUCACGAAAUAUCGUCACCAGGCGGUGGAGCCACUUUGAAAAUAGCGAACCGUAUAUUUGUGGCACACAGGUUUCCCUUGUUGCCAAAAUACAAGGAUCUUGUGAGGAAAUCAUUUCGAACAAGAACCGAAAAUAUUAAUUUUGAGAAAAAGGAGCUGGCCGCAUCAAGAAUAAAUAAAUGGAUAUCAAGACGAACUGAAAACUUCAUCAAGGAUAUUGUCCAAGCUGAGAGUUUGGACGAUGAUUUAAAAUUAAUGGUUAUUAAUGCCAUUUAUUUUCAUGGGAAAUGGAAAACACCAUUCAAUCCUGAAAACACUCGAAAAAAUAAUUUUUUCAUACCAGGAGAAGGUGCUGUUAAAGUGGAUAUGAUGCAUAGCCAUUUAAAUUUGCUCCAUGGACGAAUAGAUGCUUUAGAUGCUAAUGCUGUGGAGCUCCCCUACAUUAACUCUAAUAUCUCCAUGAUGGUAAUAUUACCCAAUAGACUCAAUGGCCUACCAGAAGUGGAGAAGCUUCUGCAUGAAGUUAACCUAAUAACGCUUACAUAUGGAUUUAGGAAAUGGAAUAUAGAUUUGGCUUUGCCAAAAUUCAAGUUUGAAUUUGAGCUAAAUCUGAAUCAACCUUUAAAAGAUAUGGGAAUCCGGGAAAUAUUUCGAGAUCCCGAUUUUAGUGAUUUGACAAAUUCUGAGGAAAAUUUGCUUGUUUCUAAAGUGAUUCAAAAAGCAGUAAUUGAAGUGAAUGAAGAGGGAUCUAAAGCAGCGGCAGUUACUGUUGUCGAGAUUGCUGCAUUGUCGGCUUGGCGACCAUCAUUUAUUGUUAAUCGUCCAUUCAUUUUCGUAAUAAAAGAUCAGCAAAGAGUUUACUUUGUCGGUCGAGUCAGUAGAUUGAAUUAAUAUGGAAUGAUUCGCUCUGUGGCCCACCUAGAGGCGAUUACUAUUCCCUAGUAGAUAUACACACUUUAUACUUAAUAAAAAUAAGGUGAUGGUGUUAUGUAAAUAAAAGUAAUUAAAUGAGUCGUAUAAAUAUUUAGUCAAAAUUAA